AGGAAUUGUGUCUGAUGACAAGUAUGUUACUUCAACUCAAGCAAAUGUAAGUGGAACAUUUUGUGCAAAUCAAGGAAUUGUGUCUGAUGACAAGUUUGUUACUUCAACUCAAGUAAAUGUAAGUGGAGCAUUUUGUUCAAAUCAAGGAAUUACCUCUGACGUUAACAAUAUUACUUCAGCUCAAUAUUCUGGUCACAAUGGUUCAACUACAGUACUGAUGCAUUCUGCACGUGAAAAUCAUGUUCUUCGUAAUACCACCCCAAAUGCUGGCAUACUGGCACAUAAUUAUGACAGUCUACAGCAUCCUAAUUCCUUAGGAACCACAUAUGUUGUAAAUACUACCUUGCCGAAAUGCACUCCUAGUGUUUUCUGUUCUCAUAAUCAACAAAGCGUCAUGCCUGAACCAAACCUUAAUGCACAAUCACAUUUCAUGGCUCAAGUGGGCCAUCCGCUACCUGUUACUUCAAAUGUACCAUGGUAUAUGCCAGGAAACAUCUACGCAUCAACCCCAAUUCAACCAAGAAUGGUUUUGAACCAAAAUGGCGAACCCUACCGUCAAGAUGCCAUAGACCCUUCUACACAGCUUAGUGCCACAAUGAUCGAGAAACUGACAAUUGGAAUGGAUUCAAUUGUGGCUCGUUCCAACUUACUCACCACUUAAUGCUGUUAAGUUUAGUGGUGAACCACAUGCCUAUCACCGCUUUAAAGUACGCUUCCAUGAAAUGGUAUCUUCACAGAAUAUCUCAGAGUCGCAAAAAAUGUCUAGACUGUUGCAGUUCCUCGAUGGUGAGGCCAGGAAAGCAGUGGCUAGUUAUGAAGGAGUCGAAGGAGGCUUACAGAUAGCACUUCAUGUUUUACAGCAACGUUUUGGCCAACCCCACAUGGUUGCAAAAUCAUGUGUUGACACCUUGGUAGAUGGCCCAAACAUAUCAAAUAAUGACACUCGUGCACUACGAGAAUUUGCUGAUAAGUCAAGAUCGAUGUAUGAAACCCUAAAGUCAAUGAGAGCGCUCUCUGAAAUGAACAUGACAAACUUAUCAAGGAUGUCCACUAAAUUACCUAUCCCACUCCAAGUAAAGUGGAGGGAUAAGGCGCAGCAUCUUAGAGCAAGGGGAGAAGUACCUUCAAUUAAGGAACAACAAUCUGAUGCAGCCAAUGAUCCUGUCUUUGGCAAAAUUGGCGAGUCUCACAAGAGCUAUCCAAAACCACCACCUAAGCUUCCUGCUCGAAAGGGGCCUUCAAUUCCCACUGUAUCACCAGGGGGAUCAAAGGUUACAACAAUGACUACCCAAAUCGAACAAAACACUCAAAGUCAAAGUAGCACGAUUUGUAACAAGGCGAAUAUCACUUCUGAGUCAUCUAUUGAAUGCUAUAUUUGUGGAAUGGCACAUACAAUUGAGAAGUGUUCUGAGUUUUCAGAAAAAUCAGUGCGUCAAAGAAGUGUUAUUGCAAGACAGAAAGGACUUUGUAUGAACUGUUUGAGAAAGGGACAUUUUGUGGCUCAAUGUAAAUCCAAGUUUCGGUGCAAGGAAUGUAAACAAACACACCAUACUUUACUGCACAGACCAAGUGAAGGUAACAGUGAAACCGUGAACAAUCCAUCUAAAUCAGACCAAUCGAUUAGUGCAAACGCUACAACGUGUUCAACCACAAAAAUAGCUGAGACAAAUAAUUAUGCAAACGCACGUACCAAGAACCGUAUUGCUCUUCAAGUUGUGCCUGUACAAAUACAGGGUAGUAAUAACAGCAGUGUAACUACUUACGCACUCUUGGACACUGGGAGUGAGGACACUCUUGUAUCAAAGAAGGUUUUCGACAGACUCGGACUUUGCAUAGAGAACUAUGAAGAUAUACAUGUUCGUACUCUUAAUGGGGAGUCAAAGGUGAAAGCAGGACUUGUCAGCUUGGAGAUUAAGUCAAUUUCUGGAGAGCAUGACAGUACCGUAAAAAUUAAUGAUGUGAAGGUAAUCAAGGACUUGACAAUUAACACUUGUAAACCAAAAGACUUGUCAAAAUGGCCACACUUGAAGGACAUUGUUAUUCYUGAUGUUGACGAAAGUGAAGUCACAAUGCUUAUUGGUGUCAAUGUUCCUCAAGCACACAUUCAAAUUGAACAACGCGUUGGAGGACAAGGUGAACCGUAUGCAGUUAAAACUGUWCUUGGAUGGGCAGUUCUUGGACCAGUAAGCAGUGUUAACAAUUACCAAGCAUCUAUGGUUAAUGUAAAUUAUUUGAAAUAUGGAACUGAACUGACUGACCAACAAAUGAGUCAGUUUCUAAGAUGUGCGAACAAACAAAACGUGGUACUUACCACACCACGCGGUUUUCCAUCCACAAAAGAAGGACAAGAUUCGCGUGGUUGAAUCACUUCCUGAUGCAACGUACAGCAAACCUUCCACCAGGAGUAUUUGUGGAAAACGAUCAAUACUCGCGAAAGCAAUGGAGAAAGAUUCAGUAUUUGACUAAUCUGUAUUGGCGGCGCUGGCUACGCGAGUACUUACCUAAUCUUCAACGCAGGUCAAAAUGGUUAACUUCAAAGACAAAUAUCAAGGUUGGUGAUCUAGUGCUUAUUAUAGACGAAAACAGUGCUCGUAACAAGUGGCAAAUGGCUAGAGUUCUAGAGAUAUUCACCGGAAGGGAUGGAAGAGUACGCUCUGCUACUGUGAAGACAGCAAACGGAAGUCUUCAUCGACCAAUAGUGAAGUUAUGCUUAUUGGAGAGAAGCAGUGAAGAAGAAUAAGAAUUCGUUUUGUAAAGGAUAUUAAGAACGCUUAACAUUAAUUCGUUCAAUUUAUGUUGACAUUUAUAGACACUCGUUUUGAAUGACACAAAGAUCCACCUAUAUGUAUACAGAGAAACUCAUUUGCUUAUCAUAUUUCGCUUUUUUGCUGCGAAACAGGAAUCCACGAAGCUCUAUGUGCUCUAUGUAAGUUCACUGGGCAUGACCCGGUGUUCAAGGAAACAUAAACCAAGUGUGUGUAAACAACUCAUUCAACCUGAUUUCGUAUCGUGCUUUAAGUACAGUAGUUGGAAUAUCGCGUUUAUUUGUUUCUUGGGUAUUGCGAGGUUUAAGUUUAAGUUUUUUAAACAUCAAAAUCUGAUUCACGACUUUCAAAACUGGCGCGAUAUGCCGUCACAGUCGCUGGGGACGAAACUAUUAAACAUGUCUUCAAAAGCCAUAAUAAACUUCCAUGGUGUUUCUCAAGAGUGUU